CGUCCUCGUCAAAAUGCUGGAUGGCUGCUGGCUCUUCUCUUGCCAUUGUCACUGGUCCUAGUGUAAGGGUCACUCGGGGAGGCCAGUUCUUUACUACUUUCUGUGGUUUUCUUCACAUGAAGCAAAUUUUAAAAAGGCUGAGAGUAGAAGGCUGGCUGCCCAGCAGCGGGCAACAAAUCCUCUCUCUUGAAGACAGAUCCGGAAGGACACUGCACGUCCACUGUGUGUGGCUCCUUGGAGUCCUGGUGCCCACAGGAGAGUGGAGAGCGCUGGUGGCAUCUGAUGGUCCAGUCCUUACUUCUAGAGAUAGGAAGUGGAGAUUCCUAGUUCCAAGCUUCUGAGAUGUUCCUUGCUCAGUGUUUUGAUAAGUAGAACAAUGUGCUUCCAGAGAAAUUCUGUCAGUAGCGUCCAUGUCCUUCUGUUUCACCAGGCUAAGCAGCCAUUUUUAUAUUUAAGGUCUACAUUUGGUUCAGUAGACAAUGUGGCACACUGAAGGAGGAAAACUGGGCUCCAGAUCCCAUUGCCGACUAUAGGACCAUGAACAAAAAUGCUGACUCUCCUGGAUCAUAGCCCGUCAGUGGUCCUGGUUCCAGUUGAUACCAACAGGAAUAGUUUAUAAACUAUAAAAGAGUGUUUAAAGUCUCUUUCCCUUCACUACUCCAUAGAGUUAUUUGCUCGGUUAUUAUAUUAAUGUGUUUUCUAACUUUCAACGUGUGAGUCUUUCCAUCUCUUUAAACAGAGCAAAUGGGAGAUCUUGUUUUCUGCUAAUUAUUUCAGCCUUCUCCAGAGACUCAUUUCAAGUCUCCUUCCACAUCAAGCCAUUAGGCCAUUGCUUUGGACCCAUCCACCAGCCAUCAAAAAGCAUCUUGUCAGGGCUGACAUCCUGCCAAGUGCACCUCAUUCUGACAGUUUCUUUGGUUUAAAAAAAAUUUUUUUUAUUAUUUUGGUUUUUCGAGACAGGGUUUCUCUGUAUAGCCUUGGCUGUCCUGAAACUCACUCUGUAGACCAGCUGGCCUCAAACUCAGAAAUCCGCCUGCCUCUGCCUCCCAAGUGCUGGGAUUAAAGGUGUGCGCCACCACAUCCGGCAGUUUCUUUGGUUUUGUUCUUUUUCUUUUUUCCUGUUUUUUUAAAUUUUUUAAUUUUAUUAACCAUCUGCAUAGAUGAACUCUUUGCAACUUUUACUUUUUAUUUUCUGCUAAGUCACACCUCUCCCAAACUUCAGACAUUAGGAUUCACUUAAAAUGUUUUCUUUACUGUGAAAAGAAUCAAGCAUGCAGAAUAAUACAUGAAUAUUGACAGAUUCCCAGUUCCAAGACACAUAACAAAGCCAACACCUAUGCACCAACUGCUUGACCAAUAUCAACAUAAGAGACGAUCUUAUGUUUCACUUUUCAAGUAAAUAUCCAGGGUCUACUUGUAUCCAGAACUUGUGAUAUAUAUUGACGACCGUCAGAUCAUCUGGCCUACAGAAAUAGUUCACGUCAUUAACUAGGCAUGAAAUCUACCAACCAGUAACUGCAGGGCAAAAAGUCGUUUGCAGUGAGAAAUACAAACAGGAAGAGAGUAACAGUUAGUUACCUCUGGGAGAGUUGGAAUGGUUUCCAGAGGAUGUGACUUAAACAGUUAAGGGUGAUUUGCUUGGGAAACAAGAGCAUUCCAGGCAAUGUGUUAGUCUUCCAUUACUGUAACAAAUGCCCCAAAUCAAUUAACUUAAAAAGAGGAAUUUGCUUGAGUUGGCCCCUGGCUGUGGAGGUGGUAGGCUGUGACCAGGUGGAUCCAUGGCAUUAGAAUACAUCACAGUGGGAGAAUGGGAUGGAGGAGGCCUCUUUGCCUCAUGGCCCAGAGAGAAAGGAGUAAGAGUAGAGCACAGAGUCUUCAGCUCUGCUUGAGGGUACACCUCAGUGAUUAAAGCCUCCACCAGAUCCUACCUACCUGAAGCAUCUACCACCUCCCAGCGAAACCAAGCUGAGAAGCAAGCCCCGAAUGGCUGGGCCUUUGAGGACACUCCAUCCAUACUACAGCACAGGAGGAACACAUGCCCUCUGAGUGUCUGUGUGUCCCAUCACGAUAGCUCUUGGGCCACCCCAUGAUGUCCUUCAUGGCUCUUGACCAUUCCUUCUCAGGUUUGGGGCCUGCACCUUUCUAAAUGCCCACAUUCCCGUAGGAGUGCCAUUAGACGUCUACCCUCACCAUGAACUGAUUCAUUCACCCAUUUACUGAACACCGAGAAGAGCCUGCCGGCUCUAGCCUACCUGCAGAUCACUGACGGAGCUUGUUAAAGGCUCAAGUCCAGUCUCUGGAAGCUAUUCAAAAUUUGGAGAAGAAGGUCCAGGCAUUCAGAGUUCUAACACAUUGCCACUAGUGGUUCCUAAGGCAGUACUGUGAGGACCCAUGGAAACACAAGGAAGGAAUGUCUUGUAAUGGAAGAGAGAGUGGUAAAGACCCCUAGAGAACCAACCUGCUGGUUCUCCUUACCUGGAUCACCAAGACACUUCCUCCUGGUCCCACCCCUGCCAGUCCCUCUGGUCUCACCCACCCUCCAGUCUGAAACACUCACUUGUGUGUGCACAUACCUCCCCUCCCCCUACACCAUGUCUCCAAGUACCUGCUCAGGGCCAGUCUUUCCUGCAGGUCUACUCAGUGCCUUGCCGAUGGGUGGAACAUCCUGAGUAGCCAUAGUCACUCAGUGAAGAACAGCAGGUAAAGUUAAGUAUUUCAAUGUGACCUUUGCUUGGCUUCUGCACUCUUUCUGUCAACUACUUCAGGGGGAGAACGCAGCAGGGAAAAGCAGAGUUGAAGACAAAGUCUAAGGCAGGAGGCUGCUCUUCUCUGCAUGCAUUUCCAUUACCAGCAGCACCUGAACAAUUUUUAAGACAGGUUAACUGUGAGCCUGGUCACCUCUACUCACUAAUGAAAUCUGUGCCUGUAGCUCUUUCUCCCCUGGGGACCCACAUCUGUGUAUGUCUACAAAUGUCCUCCCAUAGAGUCUCACACAUAUGCACAGAACCUUGGUAUGGCCGGCUCUGUCUGAACACACAUGACUCAACAUGUACAUGGGUAUGUAAUUAAAGAUUUUGAACACUUGGUUUUGAUGGUCUGUUUUCCAGGGGUCUUGUUCAGAAGAUUCCUGAGCUACUAUGGGCUAAGGAAGAGUUGCAGCAAGUGUUUUUCGGCUGCUCUUUCUGUAAAGUGCCCUCUCUUCUCUCUCUCUCUCUCUCUCUCUCUCUCUCUCUCUCUCUCUCUCUCUCUCUCUCUCUCUCUCUCCCUCCCUCCCUCCCUCUCUCCCUCCCUCUCUCCCUCCCUCCCUCCCUCCCUCCCUCCCUUCCUCUCUUUCCCUCCUCUCCUCUCUCUCUCUCUCUCUCUCUCUCUCUCUCUCUCUCUCUCUCUCUGCCCCUCCCUGCCUGCCUGCCUGCCUGCCUGCCUCUGCCCCUCCCUCGCUGGCUCUCUGAGAUAGCAGCAGACCGAGAGGCUGGUGCAGCGUGCUCUGGGGAAAGAGUGAGCUUGCUUGCAGAGACUGGCAGCAUUUCAGGCAGCUCCUCUUGCAUCCCAUCCAUGCGGUGUUCUUGGAGGGCAAUGCAAUGUUGGAGCAGGGAUUGACCUGCACCGGGAGGGUAGCUGGUUGCUCAGAGAGGCCAGGGUCUUGGCUUAGCCAGAGGCUGGAAUCACAGGAAUGCUGUAGCAGGGUCUGCUGUGAAAGUUCCCAGACCCCCAUGGAUUUUAGAAUUUCCCAGCUUCUUCUGCACCUCAGCACACUCUCACUUCCUCCCGAGAUGGCCCCAGAUCUGCAGGAGACACUUGAGAGAAGCUAUUUAUUAGCAGUCGCGAAGAGACGGAUUCUGCGCUUGGUUCUUUAGCCAUGAUUUAUCAGUGAUGAUGGAUUGGCCAGCGGUAGCUGCCCAGAAGUUAAAUCUGUCAUCUAAGAAGAAGAAACACCGGCCUUCGACUCCAUCUGUUGCGGAGGCUCCCCUCUUUGCGACCAGCUUCAGUGGGAUCCUGCAGACCUCUCCUCCCCCAGCCCCACCCUGUCUCCUGAGGGCUGUCAACAAGGUGAAGGACACUCCUGGCAUGGGCAAGGUGAAAGUCAUGCUGCGUAUCUGUUCCACAUCAGCUCGAGAUACCUCAGAAUCCAGCUCUUUCCUGAAGGUGGACCCACGGAAGAAGCAGAUCACCUUGUAUGAUCCCCUGACUUGCGGAGGUCAAAAUGCCUUCCAGAAAAGAAGCAGCCAGGUUCCUCCGAAGAUGUUUGCCUUCGAUGCUGUUUUCCCACAAGAUGCUUCUCAGGCUGAAGUUUGUGCUGGAACUGUGGCCGAAGUCAUCCAGUCUGUGGUGAACGGGGCAGAUGGCUGUGUGUUCUGUUUUGGCCAUGCCAAGCUAGGGAAAUCCUACACCAUGAUCGGAAGGGACGACUCUAUGCAGAACCUGGGCAUUAUUCCAUGUGCUAUUUCUUGGCUGUUCAAGCUUAUCAAUGAGCGCAAAGAGAAGACGGGGGCCCGAUUCUCAGUCCGCAUCUCAGCCGUUGAGGUGUGGGGAAAAGAGGAGAACCUUCGAGACCUGUUGUCUGAGGUGGCCACGGGCAGCCUACAGGACGGGCAGUCCCCAGGCGUGUACCUCUGUGAAGACCCCAUCUGUGGCACACAGCUGCAGAACCAGAGUGAGCUCCGGGCCCCCACCGCAGAGAAAGCUGCCUUCUUCCUGGACGCCGCCAUUGCCUCGAGGCGAAGCAACCAACAGGAUUGUGACGAGGAUGACCACCGCAACUCCCAUAUGCUCUUCACCCUGCACAUCUACCAGUACCGGAUGGAGAAGAGCGGGAAGGGUGGAAUGUCUGGAGGUCGAAGCCGCCUGCAUCUCAUCGACCUCGGGAGCUGUGUGAAAGCUCUCAGCAAAAACCGAGAAGGAGGCUCGGGGCUGUGCCUCUCACUGUCUGCUCUGGGCAACGUCAUCCUGGCUUUGGUCAACGGGAGCAAGCACAUCCCAUACAAGGAGAGCAAGCUCACCAUGCUUCUGAGGGAGUCUCUGGGGAAUGUGAACUGUCGCACCACCAUGAUCGCACACAUCUCGGCCGCAGCCAGCAGCUACGCGGAGACCCUGUCCACCAUCCAGAUCGCGUCGAGAGUCUUAAGGAUGAAGAAGAAGAAGACCAAGUACACAUCAAGCUCCUCUGGGGGAGAAAGCUCCUGUGAGGAAGGCAGAAUGCGCAGGCCCACCCAGCUGAGACCCUUCCAUGCCCGGGCUCCGGUGGAUCCAGAAUUCCCCCUUGCCCCACUGUCCAGUGAUCCUGACUACUCCUCCAGCAGUGAGCAGUCCUGCGACACCGUCAUCUACAUCGGGCCCAAUGGCACAGCCCUGUCUGACAAGGAACUCACUGACAAUGAGGGGCCCCCAGACUUUGUGCCCAUUGUGCCAGCCCUACAGAAGACCAGAGGUGACAGCCGGCCGGGGGAGGCAGCAGAGGCUGCAGCCAGCAAGUCAGAAAGGGACUGUCUGAAGUGCAAUACGUUUGCUGAGCUGCAGGAAAGACUAGAUUGCAUAGAUGGCAGCGAAGAACCCAGUAAGUUUCCCUUCGAAGAGCUGCCCAUCCAGUUCGGGCCGGAGCAAGCUGGCAGAUGUGCUCCUUUAAGCCAAGCAGUGGGGCCAGACACACCCUCUGAGUCUGAAAAGGAAGAUAACGGCUCAGACAAUGGCCAAUUGACCGAGAGGGAAGGCACAGAGCUUCCAGCCUCCAAGGCACAGCGGAAUCGGUCCCCUGCCCCUACUGUGACACGCAGCAGCAGCCCCAGUCCAGCCUCACCACGGAGCAUCCCGGGCAGCAGUAGCCAGCACAGUACCUCCCAGCUCACACAGAGCCCCAGUCUCCAGAGCAGCCGGGAGAGUCUGAACUCAUGUGGCUUCGUGGAGGGCAAGCCCAGACCCAUGGGCUCCCCGAGGCUAGGCAUUGCCAGUCUGUCCAAGACCUCAGAGUACAAACCUCCCAGUUCUCCCUCUCAGAGGUGCAAAGUCUACACCCAGAAGGGGGUCCUGCCCUCCUCUGCCCCACCACCUUCCCUGAGCAAGGACUCUGGCAUGGUCUCCAGUGAAUCCUUGCUUCAGCCCGACGUGCGCACUCCCCCAGUUGGAAUGAGUCCCCAGGUUUUGAAGAAAUCCAUGUCUGCCGGGAGCGAAGGGUUUCCCGGAACUCUAGUUGACGGUGAGGACCAGGAAGGCCCUCCAGCGGACUCUAAGAAGGAGAUUCUGAGCACCACAAUGGUGACUGUGCAACAGCCCCUGGAGCUGAAUGGUGAGGAUGAGUUGGUCUUCACACUGGUGGAGGAGCUGACCAUCAGCGGGGUGCUCGACAGUGGACGCCCUACCAGCAUCAUCAGCUUCAACAGUGACUGCUCCGUGCAGGCCCUGGCCUCAGGCUCCCGGCCCGUCAGCAUCAUCAGCAGCAUCAGCGAGGAUCUGGAGUGCUACUCCAGCAUGGCCCCCGUCUCCGAGGUGAGCAUCACGCAGUUCCUGCCUCUCCCAAAGCUGGGCCUGGAUGAGAAGGCUCGGGACGCGGGCAGCCGGCGUUCCUCCAUCAGCUCCUGGCUGAGCGAGAUGAGCGCGGGCAGUGAUGGCGAGCAGUCAUGCCACAGCUUCAUAGCCCAGACGUGCUUUGGGCAUGGGGAAGCCAUGGCAGAACCCCCAGCCUCGGAGUUUGUCAGCAGCAUCCAGAACACGGCAGUGGUGUGCAGAGAGAAGCCCGAGGUGGGCCCUGACAACCUGCUCAUCUUAUCUGAGAUGGGGGAAGAGUCUGGCAACAAAGCCGCUCCCAUCAAAGGCUGCAAAAUCUCAACGGUGGGCAAGGCCAUGGUCACCAUCUCCAACACAGCCAGCCUGAGCAGCUGCGAAGGGUACAUCCCCAUGAAGACCAACAUCACCGUUUACCCCUGCAUCGCCAUGAGCCCCCGAAACGUGCAAGAGCCUGAGUCCUCCACUGCCACCCCAAAGGUGAGCCCCAAAGCAUCCCAGGCCCAGGAAAGCAAGGAACCCAGUACAAGGAGAGAGAUGAAAUUUGAGGAUCCUUGGCUUAAACGAGAAGAAGAGGUGAAAAGGGAGAACGCUUACUCCAGCGAGGAAGGGGUUAAGUGUGAGCCGCUCCCAAGCUCCCUGAAGACUGAAGGUAAGUCAGAGCAGGAACUGGAUGGCAGGCCCAGCUCAGGCAACAGGCUGAGCAGCAGCAGCUCAGAGGCAGCCGCCUUUCAAGGGACUGAUAACGUUAGGAGAGUCGUGGAUGGCUGUGAGAUGGCCCUGCCUGGCUUGGUGGCCCAAAGUCCCCUCCAUGUCAACCGAAACCUAAAGUCAAGCAGCCUCCCAAGGGCAUUUCAGAAAGCUGACAGGCACGAGGAGCUGGACAGCUUCUACCAUUGCCUGGCAGACAGCAAUGGCUUCAGUGCUGCUUCGGGCAUCCCAUCCUCGAAGACAACCCUAGAGAGGAAAGUUGCUUCACCCAAGCAUUGCGUCCUGGCAAGGCCCAAAGGGACCCCGCCUCUGCCUCCUGUCCGCAAGUCUAGCUUGGACCAGAAGAACAGGGCCAGCCCUCAACACGGUGGUGGCAGCAGCAACACCAGCAGCCCCCUGAACCAGCCAGCUACCUUCUUGGCUUGCUUCCCUGAUGAGUCCAACGGCAAGACUAAGGAUGUCAGUAGCAGCAGUAAGCUCUUCAGCGCCAAGCUGGAACAGCUGGCCAGCAGAAGCAACUCUCUUGGCAGGACAACAGUCAGCCACUACGAAUGCUUGUCGUUGGAGAGGGCCGAAAGCCUGUCGUCGGUGAGCUCCCGCAUGCAUGCCGGCAAAGAUAGUACCAUGCCCCGCACUGGGAGGAGCCUGGGUCGCAGCACUGGCGCCUCACCACCCAGCUGUGGCAUCACUCAGUCCACAGGGGCCUCUCCCAAGGCCAGCCAGUCUAAGAUCUCUGCAGUGAGCAAGCUCCUGCUGGCCAGUCCUAAAUCCCGCAGCAGCCUGUCCACCUCCACCACCAAAACCCUCAGCUUCUCCACCAAGUCCCUGCCACAGUCUGUGGGCCAGAGCUCCAACCUACCGCCCAGCGGGAAACACAUGUCCUGGUCCACCCAGUCGCUCAGCAGGAACCGGGGCUCUGGGCUGGCUUCCAAACUGCCGCUAAGAGCGGUCAACGGGCGCAUUUCGGAGCUGCUCCAGGGCAGUGCGGGCCCGAGGAGUGCACAGCUGCGGGCAGAGGCGGAAGAGCGCAGUGGGGCUCCCUCGGAGGACAAGCCCGCAGCCGCCCACCUGCUGCCCUCGCCCUACAGCAAGAUCACCCCUCCGAGGAAGCCGCACCGCUGCAGCAGCGGGCACGGUAGUGAUAACAGCAGUGUCCUGAGUGGGGAGCUACCACCUGCCAUGGGGAAGACUGCCCUCUUCUACCACAGCGGAGGCAGCAGUGGCUACGAGAGCAUGAUGAGAGACAGCGAGGCCACCGGCAGUGCAUCCUCAGCCCAGGACUCCAUGAGCGAGAACAGCAGCUCCGUGGGAGGGAGAUGCAGGAGCCUCAAAAACCAAAAGAAAAGGUCCAAUUCAGGUUCCCAGAGACGGAGGCUCAUUCCAGCACUGUCUCUCGAUACCCCCUCACCUGUGAGGAAAACUGCCAGCAGCACAGGGGUCCGCUGGGUGGACGGCCCCUUGAGGAGCACCCAGAGGAGCCUUGGGGAACCAUUCGAAAUUAAAGUCUAUGAGAUUGAUGACGUGGAGCGCCUGCAGCGACGUCGAGGAGCUACAAGCAAGGAGGUCAUGUGCUUCAAUGCCAAGCUGAAAAUCCUAGAACAUCGGCAGCAGAGAAUCGCUGAAGUCCGAGCCAAGUACGAGUGGCUGAUGAAGGAGCUAGAAGCGACCAAGCAGUACCUGAUGCUGGACCCCAACAAGUGGCUUCGUGAAUUUGACUUGGAGCAGGUCCUGCAGCUGGAUUCCCUGGAGUACCUGGAGGCACUGGAGGGUGUGACAGAGCGCUUGGAGAGCCGCGUCAACUUCUGCAAGGCCCAUCUCAUGAUGAUCACCUGCUUUGACAUCACCUCCAGGCGCCGAUAAGGACUGAUGGGCUCUGAGCCAUCAGGCCCUCUCUCCCCCAGGACUUCAGCAGGACACCGCCCUCCCAAGCCCUCUGUGCUGGCAACACCCAAGACAACAGGAUGAGGAUGAAGGUUGGUAGCAAGUCUGGAGUGAGCGUGGAGCGAAAGGCGAUGUUUCCUUUGUUUGCCAUAGGAAAGAAAGGUACAGACACCAACAUGUGGAAGGAGGAAAUGAUGGGAAGCCCCGUGGGACUGAGAAAGCACUUUGAGGAACCUUGAAGAACUCUGUACAUAGGACCGCUAGCAAAGAGACUCUUACCUUGCGGCUGUGGGAAAGGGGAGGGUGACAUGGGAUUACCAUGGAGAACGAAACACCAACAAGAUGACCCAGAAUGAUGGAUUAAGUGCCUUGCAAAUCUUUAUGAUUAUCCAAACAUUGUGUCCGUACUUUCUUGUGUCCAGAUGGUGCUAGUCAAGAAGAAAUCAACAAAACAGAAAACUCAACCCAGUUUUUGAAAUGUAUUGACGGCUUGUUUUCUCUUGGUAUUUUUCUCUUGUUUCUGAUUUGCUGUUUGUUUCUAAGAAGUUGUGUUUGUAGUGAUGUCUCCUAAUCGGUAUUGCAGCUGAAUAAAUGUUAACUGUCUUUCAUGGCUCUUCUGGUAAGGCCACUCAGACCGUGGAAACCGCGUUGGCAUGAGCCGGUGUGUUUCCCAGGGAGGUUUGGAAGGACAGGUGAUGGGAGAGACUAUCUUCCAAAGCGGCAGGUCAGCUGGCAGACCCAGGGUUGGGCAUGGAAUAGGUACACAUGAGCUUUAGUGACAAGGAGAGAUGUCUUUAAGGGGAAGAGAGAUGUGAGCCCCUGUCCCUGUUUGUUUCAUGGGCUUGUGGCUCUCAACACAAGCUCAUGUUCCUUUCUAGCCCAAAGACUGGCUGGAAAGCUUGGGCAACCGCAGCCGAGUCCCAUUUCUUUGUUUACUGUGGCAUCACUGAUGCAAAGUGGGGCUGUCUACAUUUCGACUCUCUGGGCUCACACGGGCUUGGGGUUGCAUCGUUUUCUGCCAUCCAGUGUCCUGUCCAGUAGCAAGAGGCCAACUCUCCCCUGUCCUAAAGCCUCCAUGGCUUGUCCCUGCCACCUUAGUAUCCUAAGAAAGAGAGAGAAACCCCAUCCCUAAAUUCCAGACCCCACAUACAUAGGGCAGAGUGGAGAUCUAGAUCUUGCCCCCCCCCCCAAAAACCUGAGGACUUUAUUCUCAAAUUAUCCUCCUCCUUUCAGGGCUAUUGGACCAUGUUAGGGAGAUAGGACUGAAGCAUGGAAUGGUCAGGCAUUGUCUACAGGCCUCUGGAACAACUGAGCAUUGCAGGAGGGCCAAGAAUUCUCUCUCCCAGAGCCUCUGCAGCCUGCCUGUGCAAACACAAGCUCAGGGGUUUGGAAAGAGGACUCUGAAUCCUCAACCUUUGUGUGGCACAUCUGGGCCAGCCCCACUAACCAACUCCUUGACCCCAGAUGCUCUCUAAAGAGAAAGAACUCUGUGUUUCUGGACCAGCCCUUUUGCUGGACGCCUGCAUCCCAGCACAGCACGAUGCAUGGCCAGCAGAACUCAUCACACAGGAGUCAUGUGAGUGCUGUGGCACCUGAUCCUUGAUACAGAGCAGGGCACAGAUGAGGCCAUCGGCUUGACUGUUUUAGAAGUCAGCCUUGUAGACCAAAAGCUAGCCCCAUGGGUCACUCAGUCCUGCUUUGCACAUUCCUAAGAGUUGACUCUUCUGCAAAAGGGUCCCAAGGUGCUGAUUGAAUGGCCUGAGCUCUGGAAUGGCCCCUUUCCCCUUCUGUGUAUCUUGUAGCUUUAACAAGUGUGUCUCCUAGAGAAGCAGAGCCUUCUCAGAUCUUCUCCAGCUCCUCCCAGUGCCAUUCGGCAGGAGUCCUGGGCUCAGGGCCCACCUCAGCCUCAUAACACAUGUGUGCAUGGACCUGCUUAACAGCAAUGUUCUUGGAAGCUUCUACACCCAUAGGGGUGCCAAUACUUUGAACAUCUGUUUUGAUUGCUGGUUUGAAAUAUACUUCUGUUUUGUUUCUUAUGAAGGGCCUUGAUUUGGGAAGUUUUGCUCAAAAGCAAAUUCAUUUGAUUAGUAAUCCAUGAGCUUGGCUUUGGUCCCUGCUGCCUUUUCCCUUAGCCGUGAGGUCAUCAGGCCCCAGUGAAUACUUUAACGGGCCACCAACAAAGCCCAGUGCCUUUGCUGGAGUGAGACUGGGCUGACAUCUGUAGAAAGCAGACUCUUAGUCAGCAGGUUCUCCUGGGAGAGCAGCCCUCGGUUGCCUCCCACUCGGAUUUGCUUGCAUACCUUCCAAGCAUCUUUAUGCUUCAGCUAGGCCAUAUUACCAGGGUUACUUGACCAGGCGAGGUUAGCUUCCCAGGGGGUCACAUCCACAUGACAGGGCAUCCCACUGGACUCCACCGGUGGUGCAGGGAGAUGUUUGUGUGAAAUAAUGCACAUCUCUUGUCCAUUCUAAUAUCCUGCCCCCCCCCACACACAAGUAAGCUGUAAGCAUCUUAUUCUACCACAUAGCUCUAUCUUAGCUGAUAAGCCUUGGAGAACUCCGGCAUCCCAUGAUGCAACUGUUCCCUGCCCUAUCUCUGAGAUGCCUAUGGGAGUACAACUCUCUAGGUGCCAAGACGUAGUCCUGGUGUCUGAUGAUGGUGCCAGUGUGAGGUGGCUCCGGGUUUGGCUUGAGGAACACGCAAACAAAUACCAAGGGGCAAAGGGACCGCCAAAGAACUCACUUAUAAUUCAUUAUCCAUCCGUAGAUGGCCCCAAAGUGUUUCCUUGAAAUUAAUAUUUAGGUUCCUAUGCCUUACUUGAAUUCUGUCCUUCCCCCCAUAACUGCAGCUGUUGAUAGAUUUUACAAUCCUAAUAAAUCUGUAUAGAAGACACACAAUCCAGAUAUUUUCAUUAUAAGCCACAUGCCUAGGUUGGGCAGAUCUAGGGCUAUGCUAACUUAUUCUCCGGCUAUAAGACCCCUUGAUACUUGCUGUCUCUCCUGGCCACCUGAUUCUGGUCCAUGGCCACUGCCUGCUCCACCAUCUUCUUCCUCUCCCCAUCUCUGUCCAGAUCUUCAACUCUCUCUUGAGCCUCCAUCCCCAUCUUCCCCUUCCACUGCCCAAUCACAGGCUCUAGCCUUUUAUUGACCAGUUAAACUGGGGAGACAGUUCGCAUGGCAUCAGUUGAGUUUGUGAUGGUCUGGGCAACCACUUCUGUAGGAAUCAGUGUUAGCAUUAGGAUUCAAACCACAUCAUCUAGCCCUGCUUCAAAGAAUCUAGUGUGAGGCAGAAGCAUUUUCAGCCCAAGUAAAACUAAAAUCUGAAACAGGGGCAUCAUUCUCCCAGGAGGAAACCCUUAGUUCACCUCACCUGGGCCAGGGGAUAGGUGCGGUUGCUCUGAGGGAGCUGGGGUUUGCUUUCAGUACCCACCUAAGAGCUGAAUCUUUUGAGCUGAAUCUUUUAUCUUAUCUCUGAACCCUUCUGGAAACCUCCGGACGCUGUCUCUAACUUUCAUCUCAGCAGAGGUGAAACCCAGACCACUCUCUUGUGGUUUCACCUUCAGUUGCUGUUCCCAACAUGGGGAACAUAAGAUACAGUUUCAGAGAUGGACCCUCUGAUGGCAUAGCAAUGACUCAAGUAAUGACCCCCAAGCAAGAAAAUGGCUCCUGAGCUAGAGACUAGUGUAAGGAACAUCACACAGCUCCAGGAAAUGGGGCAAAGGGUGGGCAGCAGGAAUGUUCAUCCAGUGGGAACCAGGUCCCAUUUGCCACAAAUCAGCUUAAAGAUGGAGGUCUAACAUCCAGGAAGGAGCUCCAAUGCUCUGUAGGGAAGUGCUCCCAAGGGACCUAACACUCAGGUUGUGCUUGCUGCAGGGAGUUCCAUCCAAACUUUGAGCAAGAAAAGCAUCUGCCCUGUGGGCAUGGAUCCCACAUCCUUGAGGAACAGCCACCUUCUCUGGUCUUCGGAGUCUCGUGCUCUUCGUUCAUGAGGAUCCAUUCAUAUGCCUUCUUCACAGCUCUGUAUUUCAAUCCCGCUGUCUGCCCUUGACUUUCCGGUAAAGAAGGUGAGGUUGGCAGGAGCCCACAAUUUGCUCAGUGCAAACAUGGCCUUUGCCGAUCUGUAGCUGAGCCCGAAGUGAAUGUUUUUUGGGUUUCCUUAUUCCACCAAGAAUUGUAGUCUGUAAAAGAAAUUACUAAAAAUGAGUUCCUUCCAAAAUCGAAAACAGAUUUCCUGAAUGUUGUUCUUUCCUUGGGACAUAUGCAAAAACAUUUCCUCCCUUUUAGGGUAGUUUAUCUUUAAAACCAAAGCCAGGGCCCAUUAGAAACAUGUUGAAAAUCCUGUGUUCUAUGAGUUGAUGCUGACUAAGCCAUCCACUGUCAUCGUCCUUCCUGCCUUCCUGCCACUGCCUAGAUUUGGCCCUGAUUUCCACAUUGAAAGGGGUGUGCUUAGUGCUAACACAUGUGUGGCUCUGGGAGAGGCCGACACAGCCCGCUGCUCUUCUCUGAGCCAAGUUAAACAGCUGAGGGCAAGUUUCACAGACAUGAUUGGUUAAUGGUUCUAAUUUUUUUUUCAAGUGAUAGAAACACAGCAUUCUUGUACAGUAUAUAGAUUACCACUCUCCUGGACAACAUCAGUAACCUCUUUACAACAUUACGAAGCCAUUUGUAAAAACACAUAAAUUGUAUUGUUUAGCCAUCUUCCUGAUGUGUCAGAAUAUAUUUCUAAGUGACAAACUCUGAAUUAUUUCCAUAAGAAUAAAAGCAGGAUUAUAACCAAGGAAACUAUCUUAAAUCCAAUGUAUCCUCUCAAAAAUAAGGGGGGAGGGGUGGUGAAAACAUCUAAGAGUUAAUUUAUCCAUUCCUAAACAAACACAUUCUACUUUGGGGUGGCCCUUUGCAAAACCUGAGGUGAUGUCACAAUGUUGGACAUAGUGUGACACUGUGGGAGGGGCGAAGCUGAAUAUUCUCCACACACAACAAUUACUGGUGUCAUGUGAAAGUGAGCACUCCAAUCCCUGGGUUUUAUGUCCACUUAGAAUGACCUUGCCCAAAGGAGUCUCCUGCAUCCAUUCCCCACACCGCCAGCCUCCUACACUGCCAGGCUUGACUUAAGGAGACAUUAUUGAUUUGUAACCUCAGAAUGCUGUCCUGUAACACCGCUUAUGUUCCUAGAUCUAUUUCUGCACUGUGGUCAGGAACGCCCUCCACACGUCCUGAGUUGAAGUGUGUGUGCUUGCUCGGUCUGUGUUUUGUCUUUUUUCUUCUGUUUUUCUUACUCCAGCGAUGUCUAUUAGCAGAGACAUGGGCCAGGGAAGGGUGAUGGAUACAGCCAGGGGUGGGAUAUCAGCCUCAAAGUGCAGAGCUUUGCUCUGAAUCUCAGCAGGCAGCCAAAGGGACUGAGACAAAGCUCUUCCUUUCAAGUUGGCAUGGCAAUCAACUUGGAAAUCAGGUUCCCCGGGCCUUUGCCUUCCUAACAAAGGAUCCAGCCUCCUCCAACUGGGUCUCCACUCAGCCCCUGUAGAAAAGUGCUGACAGUAUUAAGUUCUACUCUUCCCUAAGACCCCAGGAGGUCCUCACCGUGCAUAGAUGUGCCAUCUGUUCUUGAGAAACCAAAGCACUUUAGUGAGUCUUACAACCCAUAAUACUUACAGUAUUUGCCCUCUGAAAGGUGGAAGGGGCUUGGGCUAGGUCUCAUUUGAGAGGCAACUAGAGCUAGGAGGAAAAGCCUGGAGCUAGACAGCAGGGAGCUAAGCCACAUCUGCACCACCACAAGCUAUGAACCUCGGGUAGGUUGCUGAAUUUUGCUGCCCCCCCCCCCUAGACAGUUGUGGGGAGGUCCUAACAGCUACCCUCCUGGGAUGGCAGAAAAGGAAGGGAAUAAUAUAACUGGUGGGACACGCUUUGAAGAAAUCAGAAGCUCUCUCCAGAGGGGAGGGAGGAUCAUGUAUAGAUGAAGAAGUUGACAUCCGUACUCACUGCCUGGCCAGGUUCACAGUCUCACAGCAGAACUGGGACAUGAGCCCCGCCACCUGGAGUGUCCCUGAUAGAGCACCUUUCACCCAGAGUGUGUACAUGAACACAGGCUGCUUCUCUGUGCCAGUGUGUGCACAUAUGUGGGUGUGUCUGUAUGGGGGGUGUGUGCAGCACAGAUGAACGUAGGACAGAAACUCCGAGUCCUAAUUCCUUUCUAACAGUCGACCUGUCUGUGGCCUGGGACACACAACCAACUCUUCUGGACCUCAGAUUUUCUAAGUCAUAAAACAAGGACAUUGUGGCAUGGGAUCUUUGUGGUUCUUCCAACUUUGGUGACGAGAGCCCCUAACGGGUGAUGUAUGUAUGUAUAUAUCGAUAUGCUUAUCUGUAGAAACGGGCCCAUUGGGAAAUUGGAGACGAGGCCUGCCCGAGUGCAUUGACUUGUAACAGAAUCGGCAACUUCACAAGUCCGUAAGCCUUCAUUUUAAAAGUCGAUGGGAUGGUGUCAUUUACUGUCAUUGUUUCAAAUUCACUGUUGAACUGGGUAGAGGAUUGGUGCUGUUUUAAAAACUAAGUUCUUAGCUCACAAGUGUUUGCUGUUACUUUUCAAAACACGAGUCAUUUGUUCAAAAGUCAAACUUUUAACUCUGCCUUGGGCAGGUCCCCAACAGCCUGUUUUGCAGGCUGGGUUUUGUGUAUGGGCUUUUACAUAACUAUAUAAAAGUUAGCUGUUGGCUUGAUCAUGGUAAAUAUGAACAGAUUGCCUGGAGAACAGUCCAGAAAAGAAUUGAAUUCUAUAGUUCUCAUCAACUGGUGACAUGAAACCAUUAAGCUGUGUGCAAUUCCCUGGUGUGAAGAUAUUGUUCACUGGCUACAGUCUCUGACUUUGUGGCAUAUGAGGUAUAAAAUGUUGUAAAAAAAAAAAAUCUGGUGUUUAAAAGAAUCAAAGUAUGGUGGCAUUAAAUGUUCACUUUUAUCCUA